AUAAUCAGCUCUUGAACUUCAUCUCCUUUUUGGAUGGCGAGCUGAUUAUUGAGACCCCGACUUAAGAAAGCUUAAGGUGCCUUAAUGCCCGGGAUCUGCUCCAAAUUCCUGACACACCUGUGGCCUUAUAAAGGGGGCAAGCAGCCCUUCGAGGGAGUCGAUUGCUUGCUCAGCCUCUCCCGAUCUCUGUCCCCAAUAGAAGAAAUGCAAGUUUCAAAUGCUUCAUGGGUUGAGGUGAGAAACAGGACCCCAGGCCCUUUUGAGGGGCCGCAAUGGCCCUACCUGGCCCCGCAGAGCACCUACAUAUCAGUGGCUGUCCUCAUGGGGCUGGUGGUCAUCUCAGCCACCUUGGUGAACGGCUUGGUGAUUGUGGUCUCUGUCCAGUUCAAGAAGCUCCGUUCUCCUUUGAACUACGUCCUGGUGAACCUGGCCGUGGCUGAUCUCUUGGUGACCUUCUUUGGGAGCACCAUCAGCUUCGUAAACAACGCCCACGGCUUCUUUAUCUUUGGCCAGGUGACCUGCGAAUUUGAAGGCUUCAUGGUCUCCUUAACAGGGAUUGUGGGUCUUUGGUCCUUGGCGAUCCUGGCCUUUGAGAGGUAUCUCGUGAUCUGCAAACCGGUGGGCGAUUUCCGCUUCCAGCAAAGGCAUGCGGUGCUUGGUUGUGCUUUCACUUGGGGGUGGUCCUUAGUCUGGACGGUCCCACCACUCCUCGGUUGGAGCAGCUACGUCCCUGAAGGCUUGAGAACAUCCUGCGGCCCCAACUGGUACAGCGGCGGAAGCAGCAACAACAGCUACAUCCUGACUUUGUUCGUGACUUGCUUUGCAAUGCCUCUCAGCACAAUCCUCUUCUCCUACGCCAACUUGCUGAUGACGCUGCGAACCGUGGCGGCUCAGCAGAAAGAGCAGGAGACAACUCAGAGGGCCGAGAGGGAGGUGACGCGAAUGGUUGUCGCCAUGGUGGCUGCCUUCCUCGUCUGCUGGCUGCCCUACGCCAGCUUCGCCAUGGUGGUCGCCACCCACAAGGACCUUGCCAUACGGCCAGCGCUCGCUUCCCUGCCAUCGUAUUUCUCCAAGACGGCAACAGUGUACAACCCCAUCAUCUAUGUCUUCAUGAACAAGCAGUUCCGCAGUUGCCUCCUCUACAGGAUGAGCUGUGGCCACAGACCAUUAUCUUCCCAGGACACGACACCGGCUGGGAUCAGCCUGCCAGGCCGCCUCACCACCUCAGCUUCAGAAGGAAGCAGGAAUCAAGUGUCGCCUUCCUAACGAUGCAGAAGGGCAGGACCUGCCGCUGCCACCUUUGAACGUGGCUCUCAUUUCUGUUCUCUAAGUCGCCUUGUUAAAAGUGCAAAAUCUGGGAAAUGGAAUCCCACAGAAGUCAGUACCUUUUAUUAGAGGCACAUCUGAUGGAUAGAGACAAAUCUGCAAACUCGUCGGCGCCAUGUAUUUUCUUCUUCCCCAGCUUGUGUCCUAAACUUUGCCCGUUUAUAAACGUGAAUUGGGCCCAGAAACUAAUUGGCAGCCAGUGCAGUUGGGUCAGGAUAGGUGCAAUAUGCUCAAACUGUCUUGCUCCUCUCAAAUAAUCCUAGUAAUUGUAGCUUAGCUCUCACACAGCUACAGUUCCCAGUAGCCUUAGGUUCCUAGGAUCCUUGGGGGGUAAGUUGUGUGCAUGAAAUGUGCUUUAGAUAUAUGGUGCACACGUGAUUUAUGUUAGAACAACAACAAAAGCCUCCAGGGGUUGCUGGUCUUUUAACUCCCAUCAGCCCCAGCCAACAUGGUCAACAGAUGAGUCACAGUCCAGCAAGAUCUGGAGGGCCGCAGGUCUGUAGCCCCAAUCUCAGAGGAUGAAGCUGCCCUUUGGAAAAGCUCCAACUCUUUUCUCCGGCAGGCCAGUUAAUCUUGCUACUAACACAACUGCUCCGCACACCUGUCCUUUUUCAUCUUCUUCUGGCCACACUGCUGGGACCAGGAGUCGUGAACCCAAUUUAACAGCCAACUGCAUGAUUUGCAUUUUCUCCAACUGCUCUUGGGAAGAGAUAAGUGUGUGUGUGUGUGUGUGUGUGUGUGUGUGUGUGUGAGAGAGAGAGAGAGAGAGAGAGAGAGAGAGCGCUGCCCAUAUAAAGACUCUCAUCUUAUCUGCACACCAAAGGAAGAAAUGAAAAACCGGUUCCUUUCGACCCUCUCAAGCCUUACUUACGCGUCAAAAUAUCUUGCACCUGAAAUAAAAUGUAUUGCCCCUUUAUUUUUUUUAGGUUAGGUUGUUGUCGUGUAUGUGGUAUUUUAAAAAAAACUGCUUGGGAGUUAUUUUUAACAGUGGUUACCCGGGGCGGAAGAGAAAUGUGGAGCGAAAUAAAUAAAUAAGGAAAUCAAAGCGAAUCACUUUGCUCAGGCCUUGAAGGGGCGUGGAAAACGUGUGGAUUAAACAUCUUUAUUUAGCACAAAACAGACUGAUGCUAGGAUCCAAAGGCCCGUGUGCCAAGGUACUGGAGACAGAGGGGUUGCCAACUUCCCUUUCUGGCUGCAGCUCCUGCGACCGACGUAGACAGCAAGCACCAUUAAGAGGCAUUGCCUCUUGUAAGCGAUGCAGCAGUUACUCUGAAGAAGGGACUGCUGCAAUGCACUCUGUGUGGGGCUUCCCUCGUGCCUGAUCCAGAACCCGUUGUUUGUGCAGAAUGCUGCACCGCAAUUGCUGGCAGGAGUGAGACCCUGUCAGCGUGUAACACCUCGCCUCAGAGGCCCGCAAAGCUUGCUGAUU